CUCACAAGAGGGAGACUGGCUUUUUCUGAGUUUGUCAGCUCCCCCCAAAAUAGCAGGCAGCGUGUAAAUGUGAACUGAAAUUACGUUUAUCCACUGGAGCCACCGAUAUAGAGUGUCUAUACACGGCGACUGAGUUUGGAGUAAAGAUUGUGGUGUUGAAAAGCAUAUUGCGAAGAAGAAAAGAGUGUAUACAAGAAGAGAGACUGUUGCACAAUGUGCUAGGAGAGUGCGGGAAGAAAUCGUGUUGUUUUUCUGAUAUUGUUGAGGCGUCAGAGAGACCAGAAAGGACGCAGCCAUGGGGCGGAAGAAGAUACAGAUCACCAGGAUCAUGGAUGAGAGGAACAGGCAGGUUACCUUCACAAAGAGGAAGUUUGGCCUGAUGAAAAAGGCCUAUGAGCUGAGCGUACUAUGUGACUGUGAGAUAGCCCUCAUCAUUUUCAACAGCACUAACAAACUGUUCCAGUAUGCCAGCACAGACAUGGACAAAGUGUUGCUGAAAUACACAGAGUACAACGAGCCCCAUGAGAGCCGAACCAACUCUGACAUUGUAGAGGCGCUAAACAAGAAAGAACACAGAGGUUGUGAUAGCCCGGACCCCGAUGCCUCAUAUGUCCUCACUCCUCACACAGAAGAAAAGUAUAAAAAAAUUAAUGAGGAGUUUGAUAAUAUGAUGAGAAAUCAUAAAAUCCCCACAGCAUUGCCUCAGCAGAACUUCUCCAUGCAUGUGGCAGUGCCUGUAUCCAAUCCUAACGCCAUGUACCAGCCAGGAGGGACUCUGGGCAGCCAGGCCCUGGCAGCAGCCGCGGCCUCCCUUAGUGACAUUGGGAUGCUGUCCCCUCCACAGGCCUCUCUGCACAGGAAUGUGGGCUCAAGUGGAGGACCCCAGAGGCCCACCAGUGCAGGAAACGGUUUUGUUAACCCCAGGGGCUCUCCAGGCGUCCUCAGCUCACCCAGUGGCAACGGCCUGGGUAAAGUCAUGCCCACCAAGUCUCCACCACCACCUGGAGGGAACAUGGGAAUGGGAGGCCGCAAGCCAGACCUAAGGGUUGUUAUCCCUCCAUCUAGCAAAGGGAUGAUGCCCCCACUGUCGGAGGAGGAGGAAAUGGAUUUGAACACCCAGAGGAUAAGCAUCUCCCAGUCCAGCCAGCCACUGGGCACUCCAGUAGUGUCUGUCACCACCCCCAGCCUACCCCCACAGGGCCUGGUCUACUCAGGCAUGCCCACCUCCUACAACCCAGCUGAGUUCUCCCUGAGCAGUGCAGAGAUCUCUUCCCUACAGGGCUUCAGCUCUCCCGGGCUCUCACUGGGCUCCAUGUCGGCAUGGCAACAGCAUCAACUGGGCCAGGCAGCUCUUAAUUCUUUGGUUGGUGGAGGUCACCUACCUCAGGGCUCCAACCUCUCCAUCAACACCAGCCAGAGCAUAAACAUCAAGUCCGAGCCCAUUUCGCCGCCACGGGAGCGUGUCACCCCAUCUGGCUUCCCCCAUCAGCAUCUGCAGCAAGGGUCCGGCCGACAGGAAGUCCUGGGACGGUCACCUGCUGACAGCCUCAGCUCCUCCUGUAGCUCUUACGAUGGCAGCGAUCGCGAGGACCACCGGCCAGACUUCCACUCCCCGCUGGGGCUGGGCAGGCCCCCUGCUGGCUCUGAGGACAGGGAGAGCCCCUCGGUCAAGCGCUUGCGCAUGGACACAUGGGUGACAUAAAGAGCCCCGCUGAAGCCUCCAGUCACCAGCCAGUCGGAGAGAGGGGGAGGGGUUAGACAUGGAGAUAAAAGAAAGAGCAAGGGUCCUUAAAGCUAUCAUUAUGAUACUAUUAUUCAACUCCAUUUCAAUUUGUAAGAUGACUUGAGUGGCAAAUGUUACAAGACGUGUCAGAACAUAUCUAAAGUAAAUUCUCAAACUGAUACGGUAAGAUAAAAAAAAUAAAAUCUCAGUUAGCUGGACUGAAUGAUAUACACAAGCAGGUGGUAUCAGGUACUUGGUGCAAUUCAGAUGACAUUUGCUGAAGAGAGAUGUUCAAAGGAAAUUGUUAAACGAUAGGCGGUAGAUUAUUGUAGUCACUGGUCUAGUCAGACACUUACAUGUAGUUGCUGUAUUGCUGUUGUGCUCGCAAGUUGCAAUCAAUCAGAGAGAGUUGUGUUGCUUUCAGGCUGAGGACCCUUACAUAUGAUGUUCACUGCAAGAACUAUCUUUUAAAAUCAUGCUGUAACCACACAAGACCUUUAUCUCAAGUGGCCUCUUGUAAGUUAUUGAUUCAGAUACAGAGGACGCCGAGUUAAUUAAGACUAUACGGGAAUUUGGAUCACACAGUAAAUAAUAACAGUUGAGACUACUUUAGUGAACAAAUGAAAACAAAUACAGUUUUUACUCGAGGUAAAAAACAAAAUAGCAACCGAAUUUAUUGCAAUAAUGACAUACUAUUCAUUUUAUAAUUUAAAAGAGUAGGAUAUAUAAAUGUGCAAUUAAGAUAAUGCGAACCUGUCCAGUUGAGCUGGUGAGAAAAAUCAACAUGUUCACAUUUGUGUAACAGUUCAUCAGUAAUAUAAGCCAAAGCUGUUCUUUUGUGUUGUUUUGUACAGUUGCUACCGUUUCCUAACAUGUUACUCAAAGCACCAUUUCUGUCAUCAGUUUUAGGGGUUUUUGUGCUUUAUUGCAAACAGUGUAAAGUCGUAUAAAACAGAUCUUGAAUCGAUAUCUAAAGCCAUGAACAUUUGCUGUUCUGUUUGUAUAAUUGAUCAUUUGAGCCAAACAUUUUCUUUUGUUGUGUAUAUAGCGACUUUAAUAUAUAUCACCAGGGUGUGAGUACAUACUGAAUGUACUGUACCAACACCGUUUUCAAGAAAAGUAUAUUUUUGUGGAUUUCAGCCAAGUUUACAAGAGUAGACCCUUAAAAAGUAGAUCUUUCACUGGUCAAUAUUUGCUAUUUUGUUCAUUUUACUGUAAUCUCUUCUAAAUUGGAUUAUCAACAUAAACUCCCAUGUGUUUUUAGUUCCAGAUGGUCAAUUAGUUUUUUCCCUCUCUUUAUUAGUGAUGACUGUUUGUCCUGAAUACAUUGUAAAAGCAAUGCUGUGAGGUUGAAGUUCCACUAUUUUCUAACUUGUGAAGGAUGAUCACAAGGCUCAUAGGGGAAAUAGGGUUUCUUCCCUCCUAGUGUAGUUGUAUACCAGCAGCUGCUGAAUGCACUGCCAACAUUCAAACCCAAGGUCCCAGCCCCACACUGAAGAAUAAUAGAUUGUUAUUGCAUGUAGCUCAACUGAAAGACAUGUCAUCUCUCAAGCCCGUUCCACUAUCCUGGUAUUGGUUCACUGAAUUAAAGCAAAAGACAAAACGUGGCAGAAGUGGCCGCUGACCUUCACACAAAACUGAUCACGCCUGUGCUAAUACACUUAUGUGGUUGUAAAUAUCACAGUCAGUCAUAAUUAUGUACAGAAAUACUCAUGUGUUUCCUUAAUUGGCCCCAGAAAUUGUAUCUUAUAUCAAUGCCCUAUUACUAGUAAGACUACUAUAGGCUUUAGGAGCCGGAAACGUGAAAAUCUGAAGGCUUUGAAGUCAUGUACGCAGAAGGUGUCGCGACGCUUUUAUCACACCGUGCAGAGACAGAGAGGGAAGAAAGGUGCUGUGACUUGUUUUCUUCUUCAUCACCACAGGAGCAAAUAAUUCAGCAGCUAAAUCAGAAACCCAAUGUCAUCGACUCCAAUCUCACUGCUGGAUUGCACACAUUUGUAUGAGAAGUUUGCUGUACGCGAAAGGUAUCGCUCUGCAUUCACCGGGACAUAUCUUGUGUGUGCUUCUGAGGUUUUUCCGCCCCAUCGUCAGCUCCAUGGUAGUUCUCAAUAUACAACCGUAAGGAUCUAUGCAGUUUUAGCCCCAAUUCACAGCACAUAUGCAGAACAUGAUGUCAUUACAGGUCACGUUUAGGCCACAAAGCAUCAGGAAGAAGAGCAUCUGAGGAUUGACUGUUAGCCUCUUAUCCUGAAGUGCCACAUCUGGAGGUUGCUGGACUACAAGUUACAUAUAAUGCAUUUUAUCAAAUGAUUGAUUUGGAUACCCCCGGGGCAAUCUCUUCAUGUUCAUAUACAUUGGUAGACAUACUUUACAUAAUAUGUAGUAAUCCAUAAUGCAAUCCAGUUUAACGAAGCAGGUGAAAAUAGCAAUAAUAAAUGACUACAACAAAAAUAGUCUGCCUGUUUUGGCAGCUCCACCUCAUAGUUGAGCACAUACUUUAGCACUUGAUAACAUAUCAGGGAGUUUUGUAGUUUGUCGAUCUAUAUGCACAGUUAGGAAAUGCCUUAUCCCAAAGAAAAAUUACAUUUACCAUUUAUAUUUAAUUUUCUCUUGUUUAAAAAAACAAAACAAUGCAGAUAUCACUCAAACUUAACCAGACCUGCCUCUUCUCAGAAAAGAGCCACAUAAGGAAAUGCACGGUGAAUGCACGGCGAUACAGUUCACUUUGCUCUUUUGGUCCAUGUCCAAAUUUGUGCACAACUGAUGAAUGUGAAAGGAAAGGGUAAUCAAUGCACCUGUAGAGGACUUUCUUCACUUUGCUGUGUAAAAGUACACCGCUUUGCUUAUUGGCUUUUAUAAACAGAACUAUGUGUUUGGUAAGUGUUUGUAGUUGAUAGUUCACUUAAACUAAAGAAGCUGUUUUCGGUUUGAUUGCUCAGACCGUUUGGCGGCACAAGCUGGACUUUGUUGCCAAUAUUGAAAUUAUUUGUUUCAAAAUUGAAAGAAAUUUUAAGUUAACAUUUUCUUUCCCUUGAAUGUGUUGUUUUAUUUUCAUCAUACAAUAAAUAUUCAAGUGAACUUUUUAUUAAACAAUUAAGAUACUAUGCUAGAUAUUGUUGUACAAAAUUUGUAUUCUUCACAAAAGUACAAAUAUUGGCUUUUAAUGUGUAAUUUAGGUUAUCUCUCUUAUUCUGUAUAAAAUGAAGUAAACAACUCUUGCAUAGAAUUUGUUCUCCUGUGAAGUCCCAAACAGUAGAAACUGUCAACUUUAUUAAACACCUCAGUGUAUGCUCAAUCUGAA